CGCUCGCAGGAAGCGAGGGCGGGACUUCCGCCGACCCACGGACCUCGGAACUUGCUAGAGAGCACCCAUGGCUUGGUGCCUGAAGUGGGCGUGGGGUCCCCUUCAGGGUCAGGGGUUCCAUACUGCUGUGCCACACUACAAGAGCCGGACGGGCACUGAGCACCUGUGGCUGAUGCGACACCUAAAGGACCCGUUUGUGAAGGCAGCAAAGGUGGAGAGUUACCGCUGUCGGAGUGCCUUCAAGCUCCUGGAGAUGAAUGAAAAGCAUCGUGUCCUAUGGCCUGGACUCCGAGUGCUGGACUGUGGGGCAGCUCCUGGUGCCUGGAGUCAGGUGGCGGUGCAGAGAGUCAAUGCCACAGGCACAGACACCAGCUCUCCUGUGGGCUUUGUGCUUGGGGUUGAUCUUCUUCACAUAUCCCCCUUGGAAGGAGCAACUUUUUUGUGCCCUGCUGAUGUGACUGAUCCCAGAACUUUCCAGAAAAUCCUAGAACUGCUUCCAGGGAGGAGAGCAGACGUGAUUCUAAGUGACAUGGCACCCAAUGCCACUGGGAUCCGGGACCUUGAUCAUGACAGGCUUAUCAGCUUGUGUCUCACCCUUGUGGACAUGGCUGCAGAAAUCCUGCACCAUGGGGGCACACUGCUGUGCAAAACCUGGGCUGGAAGUCAGAGCCACCAGCUGCAGAAGAGACUGACCCAGGAAUUCCAGAACAUGAGGGUCCUAAAACCCAAGGCCAGCAGGAAGGAGUCUUCCGAGGUGUACCUUUUGGCCACACAGUACCGGGGAAGGAAGGGCUCUACGGAGCAGUGAGUCUGCCCUGCCCUCCCUGAGAGGUGCUAGGUGAUUUUGUCCUGUGCUUGAAGCUUCAGUGGUUUCCUGAGAGUGGCUGAGAUCUGAACUGCACCAGAAGAGUGGGACACUGGGGACAGCUUUCAUUUUUUUGUUUAAGCUUGAGGACAAUUUAUUAGAGUCUAAAAGGAAAACUCCAGGGCAGGCAAGCUGUAAAUCUCACAGGAGGAGAAUGGAGAAAAUAGGCUGGUGUGGUGGUCAGCUACCUGACUAUGGGCAGACUUGUGGCAGAGAGUGGAGCUUUAUAAAAAGAACAAGGAAGCCCAGGUGCUGGUGAGAUGGCUCACAGGUUAAGAACACUUAUUGAUGUUACAGAACAGCCAGGUUCAGUUCCCAGCACCCACAUAAAGAGGCUCACAACUGCUUGUAACUCCAGUUUCAGGAAAGUCGGCACCCUCUUCUGGCCUCCCCAGGUAUGGUGUACAUAAACUCACACAGGCACACAUAUGUACACAUAAAUAAAAAUAAAAUCUUUUUGAAAAAAAAGGAAGCCCAAAGCAUUAAGUUAGAGAAUUUAAAAUCAUAGAUAGGCUCUGACUGUAUAUGAAAGAAAACAGAGAAAACUGAGUCAGAAUUGAGAGAGGUAUCCAAUUCAACCCAACUCCAUGGUAGCUCCUAAGGACUGCCCUCUUUGCUUUUUAUUAUUUGCUUUUAUUAUUUUUAUAUAUUUUUAUGUUUAUGAGUGUUUGCCUACAUGUAUGUAAGUGUACCCGUGCAUGUAAUGCUGGAGGCCAGAAGAG